AUGACGACUCUCAUCCCACGAGAGCCUUACUCCCAGGAGGAGCUGAACCAGCUCUAUCCAAAGGGCCUCAAGCUACAAUUGGUCCAAGUGUUCCUUCGCCAUGGCGAGCGAACUCCCGUCAACGCGCGGUUUCAAAAUGUAAGGCCACCUCUGCUAUCGUAUCUGCCAUUGGUUGCUGACCUCCCGUUGAAGACAGGCUUACACCCAUAUUGGCCCUAUUGUGCUGCCGCAAAGCACAUGGUACAAAUCGCAGCCAGCAAGCAGGAUCUAACUGAAUGGAACGGGUUUCAAUGGCGACGCAGAGUCGAGGCUUUUGGCAGGAACGAUGAAUCCAUAGCCGCCAAGGGCCCGGCCGGCGAGGUUGAAGGGAUUUGCGGGCAUGGCGAACUCACUGACAAAGGUCGCGAAACCACUUACGCCCUCGGCCAGCGGCUGCGCCAUCUAUACGUCGAUCAGCUGGGCUUCAUGCCGAAGAUCAAAGAGAAUGCCGAUGACAUGUACCUGCGAGCGACACCGAUCCCGCGCGCCUUGGAGUCAAUGCAGCAAGCCUUCUGGGGCAUGUAUCCGGCCAGUGCCCGUACCCAAGACUUCCCACCCCCGGUGAUCGUUGGGCGCUCAUCAGCUGCGGAAACAUUAUUCCCCAACGAAGCCAAUUGCCGACGAUUCAGGCAGCUAGCCCGCCUCUUUGCCGACCGUGCUGCGGUUCGAUGGAACGAUUCCGAGCAGAUGGAUUAUCUUAACAAGCUCUGGUCAAAAUACAUGCCUGCAAACUCCCCCAAGGUUGCUGUAGAUGGACACCCUCGUUUAUCUGGCAUCAUGGAUACUAUCAAUGCCACCGAUGCCCACGGCCCAGCCACCAAGCUUCCAUCGGAGUUCUAUGACAAGAAAGGUCGCGCUGUGAUUGACCGCAUUGCGGUCGAAGAGUGGUUUGCUGGCUACAAUGAAAGCCACGAGUAUCGUAAACUGGGCAUAGGCUCUCUUAUGGGAGACGUGGUGGACCGGAUGGUCAGCACCGCUCUGGGUAGCGGCUGGCGCAGUGAAGCCGCGGCUCCCGAGGCAGGAAACAAGGACAGCGGCAAGGCCAUUAAGUUUGCUUUGAGUGGUUGUCACGAUACUACUCUUGCCGCUAUUCUCUCCAGCCUGGGUAGCUUCGAGAACGAGUCAUGGCCUCCGUUCACUUCUUCGGUUGCCAUCGAACUUUUCUCGCAGGCGCCUAUCCCGAGCUCCGAUGCAGGUGAUACGCUCGAGGAGUUCUCUAAUCCGAAGGUCGCCACCAAGAAGCGGGGCGUCUUCGCAUCCCUCUUUGGCGGAGAUAAAGCGCCAUCCAAACGGCUCCCUGACUCGGAGAUAGAACGUGCCCCGAUCUCCUCUCUGCCCGAGGAGGCCCGAAAAUCUCUGCGCAAGCACUACGUGCGCAUCCGCUACAAUGACCGCCCUGUUCUCAUCCCUGGCUGUGCCGCGACGCCAGGGAACCACCUACCGGGGACAAGACUUUCUCACUGGGCCGCUGAAUGCAUGGAAAACCUGGAUGAGGGUCUCUUUGGCCCAGGGGACCAAGAGCGCGUGCCGGCCGGGAACUAG